AUGAAUAGGCCCCUGGAAGGUGAUUGUUCGGUAGAGAUUUUCGGAUUUGAUAGCGUCCAAGGCCGUGAUACUUUCUGGCAUUCUAGUGCUCACAUUCUAGGCCAGGCUCUCGAGCAGGAGUAUGGAUGCAAGCUAUGCAUUGGACCCUGCAAAACCAUAGAUGAGGGUUUCUAUUACGAUGCAUUUUAUCAUGGCGAUCUGGGAUUAAACGACGAUCAUUUUCCACACAUCGAAGAAGGUGCUGCAAAAUCUGCUCUGGAAGGACAACCAUUUGAAAGGAUUCUAGUGACCAAAGAUCAGGCUCUUGAGAUGUUUUCUGAUAAUUUAUUUAAGGUUGAAAUUAUCAAUGACAACUUGGCUGAAGACGAGACCACUACAGUCUACAGAUGUGGCCCAUUGUUUGUUUUCCAAGUUCAUAACUAUCCAGUUUUUUUUUGUUCCUUCACAUCUCAGGCUUCAUCCGCACACUGGAAAGGUGACAAAGACCGCGAAAGCUUGCAGAGAGUGUAUGGGAUAUCUUAUCCGGAUGAUAAGCAACUCAAGGACUAUCUUAAGUCUAUAGAAGAAGCCAAGAUAUAUGACCACAGACUCUCGGGCCAACAGCAGGAACUUUUCUUUUCUCACCCACUCAGUCCUGGAAAUUGUAUCUACCUCCCACAUGGCACUCGCGUCUAUAACAAGUUGAUGGAAUUCUUCAAGAAAGAAUAUUGGAAAAUGGGUUACACUGAGGUCAUUACACCAGUUAUUUACACCAUGGAUUUCUGGGAAACAUCAAGACAUGCUGAAUACUACCAGAAAAAUAUGUUCAAGUUAGAUUUUCAAACACCCGGAUUGACUGUCAUACAUAACUACGGGAUCAAACAUAUGAAUUGCCAGGGUCACUGCUUGAUGUUCCGACACAGUGUUCGCUCAUAUAACGAAUUACCCAUUAAACUGGCUGACUUUGGACCGUUGUAUCAAAAUGAGGCAAGUGAAGAUCUUAGUGGGUUGACCCGUGUCCGACAGUUCCAACAGGAUGAUGCACACAUAUUCUGUAGCGAGACGCAGGUUAAAGAAGAAGUGAGAGGUAUAUUGGAUUUUGUUGACUAUGCUUACACAAAAUUUGGCUUUACCUAUGAGCUAAAGCUUUCAACGCGGCCAAAGAAAUACCUUGGAGAUUUGGAAAAAUGGGACAAAGCUGAGAAAGAUCUUGAAGAAGCACUAAAUGAUUUUGGAAAGACAUGGGUUAAAAACAAAGGAGACGGGGAAUUUUAUGGCCCAAAGAUAGACAUAACAGUGUAUGAUGCAAUGAAAAGGAAAUUCCAGUGUGCUACUAUACAGCUUGAUUUUCACCUUCCUGAUCGCUUCAAACUGGAAUAUUCAGCUGAGGAUGAAACGGAGAUAGAGAGUUCUGUGCUGAUACAUAGAGCGGUGUUGGGCUCUGUUGAGCGUCUUUUUGCCAUAUUGUUGGAACAGUACAAAGGAAAAUUGCCCUUCUGGCUUAGUCCCCGCCAGGCCAUAGUUUGCUCUGUUUCAGAGGAUUCUCGUUCCUACGCAAACAAGGUGAGAGAUCAAAUUCACGAAGCUGGCUACUAUGUUGAUGUUGACACAACAGAUAGAACCGUCAGUGAGAAGGUGCAAGAAGCUCAGGUUGCACAGUACAACUACAUACUGGCCGUGGGUGAUGAAGAGGCUAGAACGGGACAGGUGACUGUUUGGCUAAGAGACGAAAUGAUGAGCUUCGAGACUCUGUUGGAUGAAUUCAAGUUGAAGACGGCCAACUUUCUCUGAGACCCGAUGGGUUUAUGUUUUCUUUGUCUAGUGAUCAUAAGGAUUUGGGUUAAUAAUAAGAAUUAAGAAUUCACAAACCAUUUUGACAAUUAAAACCAAAAUGACAAUCUAGAUUUAUA